AUGGACGAAAAGGCUUCUUUGGAGACUGCUCCGCUUCUCUCGUGCAAAGAAGGCCCCCUACGACAGCACUACCGCCCAGAUGGCACCAUCGGCUUGCCCCAGACCAUCGCCCACCGCGGCUGCAAGAAACACUUCCCGGAGAACACCAUGGAGGCAUUCAAGGGCGCCAUUGAGGCCGGCAGCCAUGCCAUCGAGACGGAUCUGCACCUGUCCCGGGACGGGGUCGUGGUCAUAUCACAUGACGCUACUUUGAAACGCUGCUACGGCGUGGACGAGUACAUCAGCAAUUGCGACUGGGAGUACCUCAGCACCCUGCGGACGCUUCGCGCACCCCAUGCCCGCAUGCCCCGUCUGAUCGAUCUGCUCGAGUACAUCGCCUCUCCCGGGCUGGAGGACCUGGACAACGACGCCAAUGCUAUCAUGAAGGGUAUUGCAGAAACAAUCAAGAUGGUGCCUCCUGGGCGACGGCCCUGGCACGAACGGAUAGUACUCGGAUGCUGGGCGUCCCACUACUUCCCGCUGUGCGCGGAGCUGCUCCCGGACUUCCAGACGGCGCUGAUCUGCUUCAACGUGUACUCGGCGCGCCGCAUCCUCAAGACCGUGCCGGGCGUCUCGUUCAACAUCUUCCAGAAGGUGCUGAUGGGCCCGCUGGGCUACCGCUUCCUGGAAGACGCGCACGCCGCCAACCGGCUCGUCUUCGUCUGGACCGUCAACCGGCCGCGGCUGAUGCGGUGGUGCAUCCGCAAGGGUGUCGAUGGCGUCAUCACCGACGACCCGGAGUCGUUCCGCCGGAUCUGCGACAACUGGGACGAGGAGGACGCCAAGCACCGCGACGAGGACCGCCUCACGUUCGCGCAGCAGCUGGAGCUGCUCUUCAUCGCGCUGUUCGUCCUCCUGCUCGGCUGGACCUUCAAGUAUCGCCAUCUGCGGCUGCAGCGGUUCAUCGUUGAGGAUUCUACCAAGCAGGGCUAUCCCAAGACGGAGUAA